UAGAAAUCAGCUGUGUGUGUUCUUAAAUGCGUCAAAAUUUACCAUUUUUUUGUUAUUAUUAUAAAAAUAGUGUAAAAACAUUGGAGAUACUGUAAUAACAGUAGCAGUAGACUCUAUUGUAGUGACAAAUUCUUGGUAGUAUAAUCAAUAUCUACCAAGUAGAAUACUUCAGUUGUAUUGUUAAAAUGAGUAGAACCUAAUCUUUUAGAAAGUUCCUCCCAUCAAAAUUUUAGAAUGUCUCAAAGGCUUAUAAACUGCAUUACCCAAUGGGUCCACCCGAAAGAGGAUGAGAGCAAUGUCAUUUCUGCAACUUUCCACAUGUUAACCAUUACUUUAAUUAGUAUGUCUUUGGUAGACUUGACAUGGUUUUCAAUAACUGGAGCUGUUUGCGUUCCAUACCUUACAUUGGGACAAUUCUUUUGGUUUGGAUUUUCUGCUGACGAGGACAUCGAUUACUCUGAUUAUGAUUGCAUCACUUCAAAAAUCGUUAAUCUGAUGAGAAUCACUAUCCUACUCUGCUUCAUGACAAUAAUAUUUGCUUUGAUGGGGUUCUUUUUGGAGAUUAUUGGUCCCAAGCAUUAUGUAUACAAGACACUCAGGAAGUAUGCUAUUAUGGGGACGUUUACUGUUAUUUGGAUAAUGGUAAUAAUUGGUGUAUCAUAUUACACAUUAGUUCUUCUAGAGAUGUCAUUGGCCAAGGUCUAUCCCAAACAACAAUCCUCAGUUAGUUAUGGUAUUGGCUUUUAUCUCAUAGCUGCAUCAGGUGCUGUUACAUGCUGCGGAAUAGUCUACACCGUAGUUCUUCCAUUCCAUACUUCCCGGUACCUGAGAGACGACGACAGAUGUCUUCUGGACGCCUUCGACGACGGUCUGGACACAUUUCAUCAUCCAGUGCCCCCGCCGCCUUAUUGCAUACCACCCCCUCCUUACACUCCUUGAUUGAUCAUCCAUAAAUACCAUUGCAGAGGUUAAGUUUCGUGUAGAAGGUGUCAGUAUUUUUAUUGGCAGAUUUCUCUUUAGACGUCAGCAAUGAACAAUAAAACAUUAAAAAGGUAUUUCAUAAGUUCAGUGAAAUAUAAUAUCACACUGAACUUUUUUGUUUCGAAGGUACUAUAAUUAGGAAUAUUUUUGUAUAAUCAACAUUCUAUUUACUAAUAGACGGAGAGACAGCGCCGAAAAAUCUCUCUGAAUUUACUAAAGCUAAUUUUUUCACAGUUGAUUACCGUGAUUGUGUAGAGAAACAUACUGCGGUCGGUCAAGCGAACAGGUGGUACUGACAGCUUGUCAAAGUUGCUUACCUGCGGAGGUAAUUAAAUCCAUUAACUAAGGCUGAAAAUCAGUACACAUAUUCUAAAUUGAAUAUAAAUCAAAGUUAUUAUAGUCGGUCAGCUGUAUGACGGGACAGAGCCGGUCGGUCGGCCCCAAUGAAUGUACUCUAAACUGCUUUAUUUACAGAAUUAGAAAAAAUGUAAAAUACAAAAGAUGUUCGAUUUUUUAGUUAUGAUUUUUUUACAUAUAGGUGACUAGUGACGUCAUCCAUCUGGGCGUGAUGACGUAAUCGAUUAUUUUUUAAAUGAGAAUAGGGAUCGUGUGCUAGCUCAUUUGAAAGGUUAUUCAAUUAUCUAUGCAGUAAUAUAAACAUUAAGAUCAUUAUUUAUACAGGGUGUCCAAAAAAAAAUUUGAAUUAUUAAUUAAACAAUUAAUUUAAUUAAAAAAAAAUUGGACACCCUGUAUAAACAAUCAUGUUAAAGUUCAUAUUACUGAAUAGGGAAUAGAAUAACCUUUCAAAUGAGCUAGCACACGACCCCUAUUCUCAUUUAAAAAAUAGUCGACUACGUCAUCACGCCCAGAUAGAUGACGUCACUAGUACGAUAUAUAUGUAAAAAAAUCAUAAUUUAAAAAUUGAAUAAGUUUUGUAUUUUACAUUUUUUUCUAAUUCUGUAAAUAAAGCAGUUUAGAGGGGGUCAAAAUAUAGUGAAUAACCCUGUACAUCCAUUGGGGCCGACUGACCGGCUCUGUCCCGUCAUACAGCUGACCGACUAUAAUAUCCUUUAUUUAUAUUCAAUUUAGAAUGUGUGUACUGAUUUUCAGCCUUAGUAAAAUGAUUUAAUUACCUCCGCAGGUAAGCAACUUUGACAAGCUGUCAGUACCACCUGUUCUACGUUUCGCUUGACCUACCGCAGUAUGUUUCUCUACACAAUCACAGUAAUCAACUGUGAAAUAACUAGCUUUAGUAAAUUCAGAGAAAUUUUUCAGCGCUGCCUCUUGGACUAAAAGAGAGGACUUCAAGUAAUAUUUUUUUCAUCUGGAAGUUGUCCGUAAUUUAAUGCUAAUAUAAACAAAAAUAAUACAUUAAGAAACUCAAGAUAUAAAAACAUCUGCCAAAUAUCCAUUCUUUUCGCUGUUCCUCAUGAUGAGACCGAGAUCGAGGAGUUCGAUUUUGGCUGUUUUUAUUGUGGUUGACAGCUCUUUUUCUUUUUGUAAUCUUAAUAAAACGUCCUGACGUUAUCGGUGUAAUAUAAAUUCAGGAUUUGACGAUAAAGCCACAUUUCUAAAGCCUCAAUUUUCAUGGGGAUUGAUAAAUCAUGACAUUUGAAUAUUUUAGCCAUUUUUUGAAAUGCAGAUCUUGCUUUCUCUACCCUACAGUUACUUUCUAGGGAAUGGUCCCAAUUUUCAUUGACGUUCUCACCAAGGUGCCAAGGUAUGUGUAUGCUUUUCCUCUUUGUAUUAUUAGUUGAUCAUUCACACUGAUUCGUCCAAAUUGCUGUUCCUGGUUAGAGUCAUCAUACAUUUUGUUUUCUUAUGUGAUGUAAGUUAUAUAAGUUACAAAUAAAUGAUUAUCAAACUA